GUUCACUGUCCACCCUAAACUGCGCCCAUCGAAUUGUUGCAUUGAAACUGACGAACGCCUCAAACCUCCAAAAAUCACCCUAACCCCGCCAUUCCAUCUUGAAGCUACCUAACUAUAUCGGUAGCCUCGUCUACCGAAGCAGCCUACACGAUUUGACGCCAAUUCCUCUCCCGAAUUCAUUUCCCUUUGCCAAACGUGUACGGCCUGCCUCUUACCGGCAGAAGGAUUAUUAAAUCAUGGCUGCUCCUCCUAUCGUUCUCGAUGGAGGUACUGGUUUCCUAAAAGUUGGAUACGCUGCACAGAACUUCCCCGAAUUUCAAUACCCAUCUAUCGUCGGCCGACCCAUCCUACGAACCGAAGAGAGAAACAGCGACAAUGACAUCGUUCUUAAAGAUAUCAUGUGCGGUGACGAGGCCGCCGCGGCGCGAACCAUGCUUCAGAUAUCCUAUCCCAUGGAGAAUGGGAUUGUGAAGAAGUGGGAUGACAUGCAACACCUAUGGGAUUAUACGUUCUACGAGAAGAUGAAGAUCGACCCGAGAGGGCGCAAGAUCCUGCUUACCGAACCUCCGAUGAACCCCCUGAAGAACCGAGAACAAAUGUGCGAAGUCAUGUUUGAGCGCUAUGGCUUCGGGGGUGUUUACGUGGCUAUUCAGGCUGUGCUAGCUCUAUAUGCACAAGGUCUGAGCUCCGGUGUCGUCGUCGACUCCGGUGAUGGAGUUACGCACAUUGUCCCCGUUUACGAAUCUGUCGUACUAAACCACCUUACUCGAAGACUCGAUGUCGCUGGUCGAGACGUAACUCGUAACCUUAUUGCCUUACUACUAAGGAGAGGUUACGCACUCAACCGAACGGCCGAUUUCGAAACCGUCCGACAGAUUAAGGAGAAGCUUUGCUACGUAUCAUACGACCUAGAACUGGAUAAGCGCCUUAGUGAGGACACUACAGUGCUGGUGGAGAGCUACACCCUUCCCGACGGCCGAGUAAUUCGUGUAGGUAGCGAGCGUUUCGAGGCCCCUGAAUGUCUCUUCCAACCCCAUUUGGUAGACUGCGAACAGCCCGGUAUCGCAGAAUUCCUCUUCAACACUAUCCAAGCCGCCGACGUCGAUGUCCGUUCCUCCCUUUUUAAAGCCAUCGUCCUAUCUGGUGGUAGUAGCAUGUACCCCGGUCUACCGUCGCGGUUGGAAAAAGAACUCAAACAACUAUGGCUUACGCGUGUACUUGGUGGAAACCCCGAACGACUAAACAAGUUCAAGGUGAGGAUAGAAGACCCUCCUCGUCGCCGACAUAUGGUAUUCUUGGGUGGUGCAGUGUUGGCGAAUAUUAUGGCCGACAAGGAGAGCAUGUGGAUUACACAGCAAGAAUGGGCGGAACAAGGGCCAAGAAUUCUAGAAAAGCUAGGACCCCGAUAGAAACUGAAUGUUUUGCGAGUGGGCAGUCAAUCGAAGGGGGUUUGUUGUGCUUAGAAUUCGAUGAUCAUGGAGUUUACGAAGUUGUAGCAAAAAUGAUUUUAAAAUGGAUUUUCAGCUCAAGGCGUGUCGUGUCUUUUUCUUCACACGAGUUUUUACUAAGCCAUAAUCAUGACAUAUGAAACCGAGAUAAGUAUAUAUGUCCGACAAUUUAAACAUUUAUGUAUUACUGAAUAUUAUCAUCAUGUCUUACAAUAAGUUGGCACGUCUCAUAAGGGAGGAAUAUCUUCAGCCAGGGGGUGACUGCGCCACAUAUACACUAGCCACAUUACUCAAUUAGAUACCUCCAAGCCUCAGAAGCUCAAUCUAUCUCUCUUUCUUGCC